AUGAAGUGGAGCGUCCGCGGGGCCUGCGCCGCGCUCUCCUCCUGCCUCCUGCUCGCCUGCGCGCUCAGUGCCGCCGCCGUCGGCCUCAAGUGCUUCUCGCUGGGCUCGGAGCUGCGCGGGGAGCCGUUCCGGCUGGGGGCGGCCGCCGGCGCCUUCUACUCGGGGCUGCUGCUGGCCGCCGGCCUCUCGCUGCUCGGCGCCGCCCUGCUCUGCUGCGGGCCCCGGGACGCCCCCCUCGCGGGGCCGGGGCCGGGCCCGGGGCUCGGGGUCCCCGCGGCCCCAGCGGGGGCUCCGGAGGCUGCGCCGGGCGAGCCGGGGAGCGCAGCCGGGCCCUCGGGGCGGGUGAACAGCCAGAACCUGCUCCUGCUCGGCGUUCUCGUCUUCAUGCUCGGGGUCCUCAGCGCCUUCGCGGGCGCCGUGAUCGACGGCGACACCGUGUCCCUAGUGGAACGCAAGUACUCCCACUACUGCCUGCCCCCGCGCGCGCCGGCCGCGGCCCCUGGCCCGGCCGCGGGCACUGCGGCCGCGGCCCCCGGCGCGCCGCGCGCCCGCGGAACCCUGGACAGCGCCACGUCCGCCAAGUGCCGCCAGCUGAAGGACUACCAGCGCGGCCUGGUGCUUUCCACCGUCUUCAACUCGCUCGAGUGCCUCCUGGGCCUGCUCAGCCUCCUGCUGGUCAAGAACUACAAGUCCUCGCAGGCCCGGCGCGGCCGGCGCGGCCGGCGGAAGGGAGGCCGGGCCCUGGCGCGGCCCCGCGGCGGCCCGGGGUUCCGUGCGCAGCCGCCAGGCUCCCGGGCGCGGCGGGGCCGACGGGGUCGGCGGGGGCGGAGGCUGCAGCAGCGGCCGAGCGAGGCUUCCAUCCUGUCCCCGGAGGAGUCGGACUUCGCCGCCCCGGGGGACUGCGCGGGCUUCGCGGCGCGCCACGCGGUCUCCUACAUCAACGUGGGCGUCUUCCACGCGUUUGACGAGGCGGGCGUGGAGGUGUGCUGCGGGGGGCACCCGUCUGUGGAGCUGCCGGGGUACGCGCCCUCGGACCCCGACCUCAACGCCUCCUACCCCUACUGCUGCCGGCCGCCCUGCGAGGCGGCGCGCCCCUGGGAGCCGAGCCGGGCCUGCUGAGCCCCCGGGCCGAUCCGGAUGUACUGCGGCCGCCUCCCUACCCGCCACCGCAGCGAGGGAGGUCGGGGGCUGGCGGGGCGCAGAGCCAGGCCUCUCCGUGGCGACGCAUCUUCAGGGGCGGUCUGGCCCAGGGCCUCUGGGGGCCACCCGCCACGAGACUGGCCCUCCAGUAUGAUUAUUUAUGUGUCUGGGAGGUUUCUCUUCUUUUCUGUGUCUGUUCGUAUCCGGACUCCAUUUUAAAGUUUACAAUAAAUGUUUUGGGGUUGGCUCGCCCCACCGCACUUCUCUUUGGCAAGUCCGUUCCCUGGGCGCGUUCCCUGGGCGCCCUCCGAGACCCGAGUGAGAGCUCACCCAGCGAGGGUGAUUUCGCGGCGGGAAGAACGCUCGCUGAGAGGACAGAAAGAGCAGCUGGUCCUUUAGGAAUGGAAGAAGUGAAGAAGCACCCAACAGCAACACUUUGUACACGGAUGUGCCUGCUUUUGUUGAUACUUUCUUACUGUAAAGCUCUCCAUAAACAGUGAAAAUGUUUGGUAAAUUUAUUGCAAUUUAAAAUUGGUGAGUUCCUUUAUUAAAUUAAUUGCCAUGUUAUUGGAGAUAUU